AUGCAGCAAACGAAAGAUGGGGAGGGUGUUGCUCGACCACACUCAAGAUCCUGGGCUGAUCACGGUGCCAGCGAUUGCUUCGACCUAUCGCACCUUGAACCCGAGGAUGGUGGCCUCCAGCAAGGCCCGGCCUUAUCUAGUCUAAGUGACACGGAACGGCAGGAUCAGACUCCUACAUCAAAUGCUACGUCAGGAGAGGAUGGGCUUUUCCUUCAUUCAGACCCUAUUAAUCUGGGGCAACCCCUUCAAACCCGCGAGAAUCCUGUAUGUUCAUUUCUAUUCGACUCGGCACAGCUGAAAUACGACAGCACUACUGGGCAAUUACGAUAUUUUACUCCCCUUGUAGGAUACCAACUCUACGCAGACCAACUUGCGGGCCCUCACAGAAACUCUGCAGGAUCAUGGCAUUUACAGAGGCGACUACAUCAUAUGAUCAAGGACCUAAAUGCGGAGGCUUACGAUCACCUAAUGACCUGUUUCUGGACGCACUACAAUAAUGCCUUGCAGAUUGUUGACCAAGCAACGUUCCAACAGGACAGAGAUGGGGACAAACUUCAUUAUUCAGGAUUUCUACACGUGUGCUGCCUGGCAAUGGGCUUCAGAUAUGCUGAUAGGUCUAGACCAGAUAUCAAAGCACUCGACAGGGGAAACAGGCACAGUACUUUCCACGAAAGUGCGCGAUAUAUGGUGGAGACCGAGUUGGAAAAUCCCCGGGGCUUGACCACAGUGCAAGGGCUUCUCAUUUUGAGCGACUUGGAGUGCGCUGUCGGCAGAGAUCGAUCAGGUUGGAUGUAUGCUGGUGUCGCCUGUCGAUUCGCGUUUGACAUGGGUUUGACGAUAGACCACUCUAAGUCAACCUUGCCUCAGCAGGAGAUUCGAUCUCGACAGCGUCUCUUGCGAGCCUGCGUUUUCUACGACAGAAUUUGGGCCAUAUUUUCUGGACACCCUACUGUAAUCAAAAGAUCUGACCUGUGUAUGGCCGAAUUCAGUCCUGCAUAUUCCACAUUGAUAAGCUCCAUCUCCGAAUCUUCGACACGGUUAGCCGAAAGCCCAACGGAAACAGAAGCCUGGGAAGCUCUCUUGGGUGUGAUGGAAUUGGCCAUCAAAGUGUCCAGUUACGCCGGCAAUGCAGCCCCAACAGCAGGAUCUGACGAUGGCACCACCAAGUUCAUGGAAGCUGCGGCUCUGCACGGCGAGCUCGAAUCAUGGCAGAGGAAGCUCCCGCAUCAACUGAAGUGGAACUCGGAAAACAUGCAGAAUUCACCUGCCAUGUUCUUUUUCAUACAUCAACUUUUUCACAGCACCCUCAUACAACUGCAUCGCUCACUAGUCGAAAAUCAGAAGCCUCAAUUAUACGAAGGCGCAGAGCAGAUCCCGGCAUUUGAGACGACGUCGCCAUUUCAAACACUCUCGAAGGGCAUCUGCCUGGAAAAUGCAACGACCAUCGUCCGAAUCAUGGAUGCAUAUUGCACGCGAUUUGGCAUGCAAUCUGUGAGUGUCUUUAGUCCCCAGCCCGUCAGUGUAGCUUUAACUGCUCUCCUUGCAAACUUGUCCGAGCUGGGAUAUUCUCCGCAAACGGCAACAAUACUCCAGCAUGUUCACACACUAUCCAAGGUCCUUCAAAAAUGGUCCCUAAGCUACCAAACAGCACAGAAUAUGUGCACGGUUCUGGAUCACAUCUUGCCCCAGACCAGGAGGGACGUCUCCAAUAGGACCGAGUUGGGUUAUUGCGAUGGAAGUCUCCAGGGGUUGCCACAGCAGUCGUCUUUGCAGCCCCCACCACAAAGGGGCUUGGAAGAAGUGACGUGCCUGGAGCAAUGGCCGCCUUUUCAGGGCAACAGCAUAAUUGCAACUAAGGAUGCUAUUACGGUUGCUCGCUUUGAUAUCUCUAGACCUACGGCAAAUAGGGACCUUCAUGGUGACAUGUCAAUAUGA